AUGGGAAGCAAAGGCAACAUAACGUGGCUCGAUAAACUCGAAGAGGAGCUUAAUGUCGACGUCGACUGGAUGGAUCCUGAGUACAUCAGGAACAUGCCGAUUGUGCCUCAUGACCAGACGAGCAACCAGUUAUGGGUUGACAUUCAGCUUGGACACCCUUCGAAUAAGGAGUUGUUGCUUGAGACCGCCAAAGAGUUGAAAAAUCAAGGUUGGCUCGCCAUCUACACCCGCAUGGCUGUCCUCAUGUGCAAGAAGAACAUAGGAUCUAUCCAAGGCCGGGUCCUGCUUCAAACACUUCCCUCGAACGCGUACAAAACAAAGGAGACGUUAGAUCACGCACGUCUUUACGAUCAGGAAUUCGCGCGAGCGGGUAUUGGGCGUGACAGAUACUGUAUCAAAAUCCCCUCGACUGGACCUGCACUCAACGCCGCGAAGAUUCUUUCCUCGGAGGGCAUCCCAACUCUUGGCACGGCGCUGUUCAGCCUUCCUCAGGCUAUCGCUUGCAGCCAGGCUGGAAUGCUUUAUAUUAGCCCUUAUUACAACGAGGUACGAGCUCACGACGAGCCUGACACUCUCUGGCCCAAUGUCGAGGACCCCGCGACAGAACAUCCCAUGUCAGCACGCAUUGUCCAGAUCAUCGAAACAUACAAGCGACUGUACAAGGAAACUGGGAAAGAACAGCCUCUUGUGAAGAACGCCAGUUUCAUCUCGGCCAAGGAGGCCAUGGCAGCAGGCGAAAUGGGCUGUCACUCAGCAACCAUUUCACACACAGUGCUUGACCAACUUGCGAAGCUGGAGUACGACGGCACUAAGCAACCUGGUGAGGGUACCCCAAAACCCGUAAAUGUGUACAAGGAAGCCAAACCGGUCCCCGAGCGUUUGAAAAAGCUCGUAAACAUCGACCCUUUGGCGGCGGCCGAAUGGGACGGCAAGCUGGCAAGCACCGACAUCGACUACCUCGCCAAUGGAGGCGCAGAGUUGCAGAAAGCAAUUCAGGCCGACCCGGUUUCGACGACCCGUCUGGCGGACGCACUCAAACUCUUCAUCGGUGGCGAAGAGAGAAGCAAGGCCAAGGUGGAGGAGGUCUUGCAACAGAUAUAG